UAGUGAUAUCACUCAAGUAUCAAAUGUGAACUAAACAAUCAUAACUAAUAAGUAUUAAUUUUAAUUCUCAUUUAAACAAAAUAUUACUGUAAAACGCUUUGAACAUUACUGUCGAAGGCAUUUGUUUUUACUUUUCAGAUUUUUAUUAACCGAUUAAAGUAAUUAUUUAUUGACAAUGAAUUUUGUUGUUCCUUCAGAAUUAGAAAAUAUUUCGGAGGACCAACUUCACUUUUUGCCAUGCAAAAUACACACUAAAAGUCGUGCGAACGUCACUAACUACUUCCGACCUUACAAUCCGAAAAAUAAAAACUCUGAUAAUGUGGACAUCACUUAUUGCUCGUUUCGUGGAAAGCCAUUAAUCGGUACCCAAUUAGAAAUUCCGAAUGGCUACAAGGGCGUGUUCUGUGAGAUAGCUCAAAGUGAUCAUGAAGAAAAACAGACUUUGACUGCCAAAUGUAGUUUUGAAAAAUUAACAUACUGGAAUUGGGACAAAGAACCAACAAAAGAAGAUAAUUUUUUAUCAGCAUUAGAUUGGAUCGGUAUUUCUGAAGCAUUACAUAACUAAUAUUUUAAUUUUAUAACCAGUUACUACUGGCUUUAGGUUUUUUUAAUGCUUAGUUCAUAUUUUUUUUCUUAAUCAAUGAGGUUAUUUCAAUAAUUUUUAAUAUGUAACAGAUAAAACAAAAUAUAUAAAUUUGUAU